AUGACCAACCACCGGUUGAUUGAUCAUUUUUUUAAAUUCUUCUCCUCACAGGUUCCUCAAAUAAACGUGCCCCUGUCUCUCCCAGAUCUUCCCGGAAUCGUCGACAACGAAAGAUUCACCCUGGAUCUCAAUUCCCAAAAUCCAAUCGCACCCUCUUCAGCAGCAGUGACUCCAACCGUCCUAUUAGAUCUUCCAACCCCAGUUUCCGCCACAGAAGAAAAAACCUUGGCUUCCGUUUCUGAACAAACUGUCCAGAAUCUGCCAAACUUUUCUGCUGGUAAAACCGCCACUUCAGAGACGGCUCCUCCACCUCCUCCACCUCCUUCCGCCCUGGAUCUCGAGAAACCUCCGAUUCCUCCUCCAGUUCCGGUUCAAGGUCCACCUCCGCCUCCACCUCCUCCGCCGCCGCCCCCAGUCCCCGUUGAAGAAUCUGCAGGAAAUCCGAAAGAAUCGGAAGCCCCGAAGAAGAGGGAGAGUUCCUCGGCGCCUCCUGGACCAGCUUUUGUUGAUGAUCGGACGAAUCUGAUGGAGGCGAUUCGAAAUGCCGGUGGACGAGCAAAACUUCGGCCGACAGUUCCGGCGGCAAAGACGAACGAUCGGUUCGCUUCCGCUUCGGUUGGGGGCGACUUGAUGGAUGACCUUCACGCGAAAUUGGCGAUGAGGAGGAAAGGAAUUGCGGGAUCGGCGAUGAAUGCUUUUGAGCGAAUGUCGAGUAUGAUUCCUCCGCCUCCGAAGCCGAACGAGAUUUCUGAUGGGAAUUCGGCGACGAGUGAAGGAGAUUCGCAACCAGAGUGGGAGGAUUAAUAUUUAUUCGUAAGCAGGAGACGAGACAUUCCAUUUUCAAGAUAUUGUAAAUAUUUAAAGAAUCAAGUUUCCUCGAAUUAAUGCAGACUUUAAUGUUUUGUUAAUUCGUCUUUUUGGAUUGAAAAUUAAUUUUUCUUGAUUGAAAGUAACUUUUUUUUUAUUGAAAAUUCAUGAUUUU